UUGGAGUUGGAUUGUAAAUAUGGUACAAAGGAUCACUUGACCCACUUAACCCUGAUGGACGGUUCUUAGGAAAUCAUAACCGUCACCUACUCCGAAUCGCAUCUUGUUCAAGUCAACCCGACCCAGAUGUGCGGAUUCAGGUCGGUGUUUGUUUGACCCACCCACUUAACCCGACGCAUUAGGUGAUCCGACCCCAUUAUUAUUUAUGCUCCAUAUACAGGGUUCUGGGUUUAAGGCUUGCUGCUGCUCCUGCUCUGUCUCGUGUACAGUUCUGGAUACAGAAAAUUGAGAGAUGGUAGUGAGAGAAAACGACCCUGCUUUGUCUGAUUUAGAGGAGAAGAGUUUGGGAAUCGACAAGCAAGCUCUCGCAGCACCUGUGAAGAAUGCAGUCGACAAGUUCCAGUUGCUCCCCGAGUUCUUGAAGGUGAGAGGUCUUGUGAAGCAGCACUUGGAUUCCUUCAAUUACUUUGUGAGGACGCAGAUAAAAAAGAUAGUUCAAGCCAAUGAUCUCAUAACCUCUAAGAUUGACCCAAGUAUUUAUUUGAGAUACAAAGAUGUCCGCAUUGGUGAGCCAUCAGUGAUAAUAGAUGGUGUAACUGAAAAGCUUACUCCCCACAAAUGCCGGCUCUCAGACAUUACCUACGCGGCUCCGAUAUAUGUGAACAUAGAAUAUAUUACAGGAAGCCAUGGUUCAAAGACAACUCAAAUGAAGAGAGAUGUCAUUAUUGGAAGAAUGCCAAUCAUGUUAAGAAGUUGUUGUUGCAUAUUGUACGGGAAGGAUGAAGAAGAACUUGCCAGAUAUGGUGAAUGCCCGCUCGAUCCUGGAGGAUAUUUUGUUAUUAAAGGAACGGAAAAGGUGAUUUUGAUUCAGGAGCAACUUUCGAAGAACAGAAUAAUUAUUGAUACUGAUAAGAAAGGCUGUGUGCAAGCAUCUGUUACAAGCAGUACAGAGAUGACAAAAAGCAAAACAGUUAUAAGAAUGGAGAAGGAGAAGAUAUAUCUAUACCUGAAUCAAUUUACAAGCAAGGUUCCCAUCAUGGUAGUCCUGAAAGCUAUGGGUAUGGAGAGUGAUCAAGAGGUUGUCCAGAUGAUUGGGAGGGACCCUAGAUAUAGUGAACUGCUAUUGCCUUCAAUUGAGGAUUGUGUGAAGGAAGCUGUACAUACACAACAUCAGGCACUGGAGUUCCUCGAACAAAAGGUUAAGAAGUUACCAUAUUCUACUCCAGCUGACAAGGAAGGGCGUGCACUGGGUAUCCUGCGUGACAUAUUUCUUGCCAAUAUUCCUGUGCGUCAAAAUAAUUUUCGUCCAAAAUGCAUAUAUGUUGCUGUAAUGGUGAGGCGCAUACUGGAAGCAAUCUUAAAUAAGGAUGCAAUGGAUGACAAGGAUUACGUGGGGAACAAAAGAUUGGAACUAUCUGGCCAAUUGUUAUCAUUACUGUUUGAGGACUUAUUCAAGACUAUGAAUGAUGAAGCUCGCAAAACAAUAGAUACCAUCUUAGCAAAGCCGAGUCGUUCCAGUCGGUUCGACAUUUCUCAGUUUAUUGUUAAAGAUAGCAUUACUGUUGGUCUGGAAAGAACUCUUUCUACUGGAAAUUGGGAUGUCAAAAGAUUCCGGAUGCACCGCAAAGGCAUGACACAGGUUGUUGCUAGAUUGUCGUACAUAGGAACAUUAGGUCACAUGACAAAGAUCUCACCCCAAUUUGAAAAAUCUAGAAAAGUUAGCGGCCCUAGGGCUUUGCAACCCAGCCAGUGGGGAAUGUUAUGCCCCUGUGAUACUCCGGAAGGUGAAGCUUGUGGAUUGGUGAAAAAUCUGGCACUGAUGACUCAUGUUACGACUGAUGAUGAUGAAGGACCUCUAAUUUCUCUGUGCUACUCUUUGGGAGUAGAAGACUUGGAGUUACUCUCUGGUGAAGAACUUCACAUGCCAAACUCCUACCUGAUCAUAUUGAACGGACUUAUUCUUGGCAAGCACAGGCGGCCACAAAGAUUUGCUAAGGCCAUGAGAAAACUGCGAAGGUCUGGUAAAAUUGGCGAGUUUGUAAGCAUUUUCGUCAACGAAAAGCAGCAUUCUGUUUACAUUGCUUCAGAUGGUGGCCGUGUUUGUCGUCCACUUGUAAUUGCUGACAAAGGUGUAUCGAGAAUUAAGGAGCACCAUAUGAAGGAGUUGAAGGAUGGAGUGCGCAACUUUGAUAGUUUUCUGAAAGAAGGCCUGAUAGAAUAUCUUGAUGUCAAUGAGGAGAACAAUGCUUUGAUUGCUUUGUAUGAAGAGAAUGCCAAUGAACGGACAACUCAUAUUGAAAUAGAACCUUUCACUAUACUGGGCAUAAUUGCUGGAUUGAUACCUUAUCCUCAUCAUAACCAGUCACCAAGAAAUACGUAUCAGUGUGCUAUGGGAAAGCAAGCUAUGGGCAAUAUUGCAUAUAAUCAGUUACGUAGAAUGGACACUUUAAUCUACCUCUUAGUUUAUCCACAACGGCCAUUACUAACGACACGAACAAUUGAGCUGGUCCGCUUUGAUAAACUGGGAGCUGGGCAGAAUGCAACUGUAGCGGUAAUGAGUUAUAGUGGUUAUGACAUAGAGGAUGCAAUAGUAAUGAAUAAAUCAUCCUUGGAUCGUGGUUUUGGUCGUUGCAUUGUAAUAAAAAAAAUGACAGCAGUUAGCCAGAAGUAUGAAAACGGUACAUCUGAUCGUAUACUUAGACCACCGAGAGAAGGAUAUGAGGCUGAAAGAAUGCAGAUUUUAGAUGAUGAUGGACUAGCAGCUCCUGGAGAAAUAAUUCGACCCCAUGACAUCUAUAUAAACAAAGAGUCUCCCAUAGUCACUAGGGGACCAGUCACAUCCCCAAUGGGCCUGCCAGAUAGUGCAUAUAAGCCUAGUAGACAGACAUACAAAGGUCCUGAUGGGGAGACCCCAGUCGUGGAUAGGGUGGCACUCUGCUCUGACAGGAACAACAACUUGUGCAUCAAAUUCAUGAUUCGUCAUACUCGUAGGCCGGAGCUGGGUGACAAAUUUAGCAGCCGUCAUGGGCAAAAAGGAGUUUGUGGCAACAUUGUUCAACAGGAAGAUUUCCCUUUCUCUGAACGUGGAAUAUGUCCUGAUUUAAUCAUGAAUCCUCAUGGAUUUCCAAGCCGAAUGACAGUUGGAAAGAUGAUAGAACUUCUUGGCGGCAAAGCUGGAGUUUCUUGUGGUAGGUUUCAUUACGGGAGUGCAUUUGGGGAGCCCAGUGGUCAUGCCGAUAAAGUUGAGGCUAUAAGUGAAACCCUUGUGAAGCAUGGUUUUAGCUACAAUGGCAAAGACUUCAUCUACUCAGGAAUCACAGGCGAGCCACUGCAAGCAUAUAUUUUUAUGGGUCCAAUUUAUUACCAAAAGUUAAAACACAUGGUCUUAGACAAAAUGCAUGCUCGAGGUAGUGGGCCCCGUGUCAUGAUUACUAGACAGCCUACAGAAGGCAGGAGUAGAAAUGGAGGUCUGCGUGUUGGAGAAAUGGAACGUGAUUGCUUAAUUGCAUAUGGAGCUAGUAUGUUGAUAUACGAGCGCUUGAUGAUUUCUAGUGAUCCAUUUGAGGUUCAGGUCUGCCGCAAGUGUGGUCUAUUGGGAUAUUACAACUUUAAGUUAAAGACAGGCAUUUGUUCGACAUGCAAGAAUGGGGAGAAUAUAUCUACCAUGAAAUUGCCCUAUGCAUGCAAGCUCUUAAUCCAGGAGCUCCAGGCGAUGAAUAUCAUCCCUCGUUUAAAGUUAACGGAGGCUUGAAUCUUAUGUGGUUUGUGACAUCCUUCUCCAAAAUGCUGAAGCAUGAGAGCACAAUACUUGCAAAUAUUCUUUUAUGUUCUUGAUGGGAAGUGAUGUGUUUCUAUGUGAAAUAUGACUUAUAUUGUAUAAUACGUCUUAUCUUCUAUCUUUUUGGCAAAAUGUUGUAUAAUGUGUAUUAACAGCAUGGAUGGUUCAAUAGCAAAUCAUCUGAAGGGCUCAAAACUA